ACACAGCCAUUUUAAAUUCUUUAUUAUUUCUCUAUAUAUUUACCUUCUUCCUCGCGCGUGAACCAACGUUCUUCAGCUCUCCAGCGCCGCCAGUUCUCCCCAGCGCCGCCAGUUCUCCCCUCGUUCUCCAUCCUCCAUUAAAGAGAAAUGAAUGCGCCAUCUCCAGUCCACGACGACAAUGAUAAUGGGGAGCAGACUUUCAUAGAUGAAAGUGAUAUAAUUAACGAGUAUGAAAUCGAUGAUGAAGAACUCCCCGAUGCAGAUGAGGAAGGUGGCUCUGGUGGAGAAGAAGAAUUCGAUGGAAUUGAUGAUUCUGUACAUAUAUUCACUGGUCACACAGGUGAACUGUAUACUGCUGCAUGUAGUCCAACAGAUGCUUCUCUCGUGGCAACUGGAGGCGGAGAUGAUAAAGGAUUUCUGUGGAGGAUUGGUCAAGGAGAUUGGGCUUUUGAAUUGCAAGGCCACCAGGAAACUGUAUCUUGUUUAUCCUUUAGCAUGGAUGGACAACUGAUUGCAUCUGGAGGCUUGGAUGGAGUAGUGAAAGUGUGGGACGUAGCAAAGGAAGAACUGAAAUGUACUCUCGAGGGUCCUGGUGCAGGCAUUGAGUGGGUCAGGUGGCAUCCGAAAGGACACUUGGUCUUGGCUGGUGCAGAGGAUUCCUCAAUCUGGAUGUGGAAUGCUGACAAGGGGGGCGCUUAUCUCAAUGUUUUCUCAGGUCAUGGGGGUAGUGUGACCUGCGGAGAUUUUACACCCGAUGGUAAAACAAUUUGUAGUGGUUCUGAUGAUGCAACUAUGAAAAUUUGGAAUCCUAGAAAUGCGGAAAUCAUUCAUGAUGUUAGAGGUCAUCCUUAUCACACUGAAGGAAUCACAUGCUUGACAAUCAGCUCCGAUUCUAGUCUUGUUAUUACUGGUUCAAGCGAUGGUUCGGUGCACGUUGUCAAUAUAUCCACGGGAAAGGUUGUUCUAUCCUUGAAUGCACAUACAGAUUCAGUAGAGUCUGCUGCUUUCGAACCAAGCUCUCGACGGGAUAGCUGGAGGGCUGCAACCGGAGGCCUGGACAAGAAGCUUAUAAUCUGGGACCAGCAUUCAUCUCCACGUUGCAUAUGCGAACACGAGGACACAGUGGCAUGUUUGCUAUGGCUUGCCGGUUCGAGAUACAUAGCCACAGGCUGUCUUGACGGGAAGGUACGCAUAUGGGACAGCCUAUCCGGAGAUUGUGCCAAAGUGCUCAGUGGACACUCUGAUGCCAUUCAAUCCCUGGCUGUGUCGUCUAAUGGAGAAUACCUUGUGUCUGUUUCGAUCGAUGAAACCGCUCGGGUGUUUGAGAUUGCAGAGUUCAGAUAGUUAUUCAUUCAUGGCAGCCUCGUGAGUUCAAACUUCAUUUAUCUUUUGGUUUGCUUUUCAGACAAUUAAAAGCUUGUGUUGAGUAAGUGUGGUGUUUAUAUAUGUAUCAUAGCUUGGAUGAUUAUAUACUGUUAUGGAAGUUUUGGUUGAUUUAUCUUCA